UCUACCAACUUCCGGAACACGACGGGACAUACAACAUACUCUAUCAGCCAUCAUGCAAACAGGUGAUUUACAAGAUACAAUUGACCUAUAGGGAGGUGCUUCACCCUCACCUCAUCCUCGUGUAUAUAUCAUACAGGAAAAAAAAUUAUGAUCAUUCGAACUCUGCCUUUAACUAUGUUAACAAAAGUUAACGAAAAUAUUUUUGCAUCAAGCCAAAUAAAACUGUACAAAUGAAGUUUGGAGAGUUCAUUUUUAGGCUUCCUUCUCAAGUGAAUAAAAAUAUAUGAAAAAUAGAGAAGAUUUGCGCUAGAAUCAUUGAUUUUUCCCUUUAUGUCACAUUAAAUAAUAUAUGCCUAUAGGAAAGACUGCUACCAAAAUAUACUGUAGUGAAUAUAUGCACUGUAUAUAUACAGUAUGAUACUGUUGCGUGGCAUAUUUCGCUAGUAAUGGCGAUUUUCUUAGACAUCCGCACAUUGGCAGGAUGCACAUCCGCCCGUGUUUUCUGAGAAGAGCUCAUAAGAUUAUGCUUAGUACAUACUGAGGCGGCUAUCACACUGUGAAGGCGCGACUGGAAGACCCAAAUUGCGUGCAUAGUUCAAGUGGGAGUGUUGUGCAUGCGUAGUUUAAGAUGUUUGUGCGUGAUUAUGCUGCAUCACGCAGCUGUGAAGUGCGUGCAAUUAUGCUGUUGUGGCUCAUUAUAGUCGCGAUAUUGGCGCAGAGCAGCAGCGAAAAGUCGGCCGGUGUGUUGGCCUCGCCUGCCCUCAAGACCCAGUCACUCCAUAUCUCCAGGUUACAGCGCCUCACCUCCAGGUCCCUCACAAACACCUCACUCACCACUGCUGUCCCUCUGCUUGCAACAAAAGCCCAGCUGAUCAAUAUUAUGAAUAACGCUUCCUCCCGUGUGAUACAACUCUCGGCCCUCACAAGCAGCAACGGGACACCGAUGGCUCAAGACGGGUCCUCGCGCUGGGACGCCAACACCACACAACUGAACAGUGAAAACAAAAGCUGGAAGCAAGAGAUCCGUCACCAAAGGAGAAAGAGAGAUAAAUGUGACUCAGUUAAGGUCGUGAAUUCAGUGAAUUGGAGAAUCAUUGGUACAUUUACUGAGCGGACUGCCUCCUUGUACUUCGUUCUUAAUGAACAGUCCAUCUCCGUCAAUGUGACACUGAGAUUAAGAGUACUUCUUCUGUCUCAGGUGAAUUUCAUAUUUACUGAAAAAAGGUUAUGCAAUCUCUCUCAUUUGCAUGAGUUAAAAGUAGAGGCAUUUGUGCAACAUAAUGGAAGGUUCACCCGUAAUAAAUGGGGAUUGAAGUUGUCAGUUGACAGAUGUUACAAUAAAACCAUCAUUACGAAAAAAUGGUCGAGAAUAAACAAAUUUAAGCACAUUGAAGUAUCAGCUAAAGGAUCUUCCAAAUGGACGAGGAAGAGCCCUGAGUGCCUCUACCCGCCUCGCACCGCUGCCACUCAAAACCCUACUGAUGGAGACGACCCCGAAGCCUCCCCAUCCAGCUCCUCCUUGGCCGGUGCCACCACCACCACCACCACCACCACCCAUCCGUCAACCAACUCUUCCGAGUUACAACCGAAUGACACCCGCUGCUCUGUCACCUGGAACACCACCACACUUCCCUCCAACUGUUGCCAACCAAGUGAUGCCCAGAGCACACAUCUUAAGGUAGUCGUCAUCUCGGUGACAGUAUCCCUCGUCGCUCUCAUCUCUGGGAUCCUCAUAUGGAUGCGAAAGCAAAUAUGCAAACGCGGCGACGAACCUGGACCCCCAGAAGAGCCGAUUUAUGAAGAAGUGGACCUCACGGAGGUAUACAAGCAUCAAGGAACGCGUAAGGACAGCGAGAACAGUAUUUACGGGUUCGUUGUACAGCGCGACUGUGUCUAAGGCGCCACACACUAUUCACACAACAAGCAAAAUCAGUGUUUUCGUGGAUUUUAAUGCAUUGGAAAUCUACUCUCCUUUCUCUCUCUCUCUCUCUCUCUCUCUCUCUCUCUCUCUCUCUCUCUCUCUCUCUCUCUCUCUCUCUCUC